UGCUUCAAAGCCAACCGAAUCUCACUCGUUGCCUCGCUUCCUCACACUUACAUUGCAUCUCUCUCUCCCCCAAUACACACCUGUAAUGUGUUUGUAUAAAUGCCCCACAGAAAGAUAUUCAAACAUAUAUUUUCCUAUUCUGUAUUUCUAUAUAUAACUUCCAAGGUUGGAAAUCGAAAACGCCAAGCUUGGCAAUUAGGCAAAAACUCACGGUUACUAUACUAUUCAUCACCUGGGCGGCUUUUUUUUUAAGACUCAGCACUACUUAAAACUCGCUCUUCACCACUAUAAUUACAAACCCACUUUCUUAACGUUGCUUCUUCAAUUCAAUCCACAGCCCAUCUCUCUCUCUCUCUCUCUCUCUGCUUUUUCUCUCUGGUCUCAAGCGUUUUGUUGGUACUGCUCUGGUUCCUGGUGUGGUGGGUUGAUCAAGAUGAUGAUGAUGAUGAUGAUGGAUGGUGCAGAUCAUCAAGAUCAUGAAGAAGCUGUGAUGGGUUAUAAGGAUCAGAGCCAGAUGAUGAUCAUCAAAGGCAAACGCACCAAACGGCAGAGGCUGGCUUCUCCGCUUGCUCAUGCCUCAACAGCAACAGCUUCAAGCUCAUCUAGUGCAGGUCAUGAUCAUCAACAUCAAGUCCUUGUUGGUCCCACAGAAACCUCACCAGCCACCUCAGCUGAUCAAUUCACAGAGAUCAGUACAGAAGAAGAGGAGGACAUGGCAAACUGUUUGAUUCUUUUGGCUCAAGGAAAUUCAACCCCCAAAACCCAACACCCCAUAUUGGUUCACAACAAUAAGGCUUCAGCUUCAGCUGGGUUAUAUGUUUACCAGUGCAAGACAUGUGACCGGUGCUUCUCGUCGUUCCAAGCUCUCGGUGGACACAGAGCCAGUCACAAGAAACCCAACAAGGCUAACAUGAACAUCACACAGGACAACAAGAAAGCCUUGUCGUUCGUGGAAGAAGCGGAGGAGUAUGAUCGGUUUAACAACACAAGCACCACCCUUUCGUUACAAAUAUCGAAUCGGGAUUACAGGGCAUCGAGCAGUGCUGCUACUCCUGUUAUUAACAGCAAAGCCAAUAAGGUUCAUGAGUGUUCAGUUUGUGGUGCUGAGUUCACAUCUGGUCAAGCUCUAGGGGGUCAUAUGAGGAGGCACAGAACAUUUAUGAACACAACAACAACAGCAACAGCAGCAGCUAUGAGUUCUCCGCAGCCACAAUCAGGAUCAAAGAGACCAAGAAGUAUUUUGCAGUUGGAUCUUAAUCUUCCUGCACCAGAAGAAGAAUGCCUCGAAACCAAGUUUCCCUUUGGCCCCAAGAAGGAACAAGUCAUUGUCUUCUCUACCUCUCCUUUGGUGGGUUGCCAUUACUAAAAACACAGCUAGCUAUAGCAGCAACCCCCAACAUCAAUGUGACCCAAUUAAUUGUUAACACCAUUGUUACUCAUUCAAUCUCCAUUGUUGAUUCUUUUAUACAUGUCCAAACUUUAAUCAUAUAGUUGAAAUUGAUGAAUUCUUUGGUUACUGAACU